AUGAGUUUAGUUGUCCACGAGGAAGGUACUUUCCAGCACAUUUUGCGUUUGAUGAACACAAAUGUUGAUGGUAGAAUUAACAUUGUCUACGCAUUGACCACCAUCAGAGGUGUCGGUAGAAGAUACGCCAACUUGGUCUGUAAGAAGGCCGAUGUUGACUUACACAAGAGAGCCGGUGAGUUGACUCAGGAAGAGAUGGAGAGAGUUGUUGUUAUCAUGCAACACCCAACCGAUUACAAGAUUCCAGGAUGGUUCUUGAACAGACAGAAGGACGUUGUCGACGGUAAGGACUAUCAUGUCCUUGCCAACAACUUGGAGUCCAAGUUGAGAGAGGAUUUGGAGAGAUUGAAGAAGAUGAGAGCUCACCGUGGUUUGAGACAUGCUUGGCACUUGAGAGUUAGAGGUCAGCACACCAAGACCACUGGUAGAAAGGGAAAGGUUUCCAUUGCUUAA